ACGGGUGUGACUGCCAAAACUUCCUUUCUUGGUGAUUCCACAACACCCCUUUCUGAUCCCUGAGCCUGUGCCAUGCCCUGUGUGAUGUGCCGGGGACACCAGGGUGAAUACUUACAGUCCCUGUCCCCCUUCCUUCGCAGAACAGCCUCCUUCAGGCUGGGUCACUGGGCACUGGGGCCUCCCUGGUCUUCCAGGAUUGCAACUUCACAGAAUCCCUUUUCCAUAAGGCACAUGGAAGGGACUGUCACCCGCAACGGGAGCCUUGACAACCAGCCAAUUCAGAACACAGACCUUGAUGUCGGACGGCCCGGAGUUCAAAUCCUGCCUUGCUCUCUUUCAGCUGGAAAGCUGUGGUCAAAUUACUUAGCCUCUCCAAGCUGGUUUUCCCUUCUGCAAAAUGAGGAUAUACAAGCUGCCACCUCACAGAAUGACUCUCACCCAUGCCUCCCCAAGCCUCCCGACAGAAGACAGAGGUCCCCCACAGCCCAGAGACAUUUCCUGAAGACAUGGGGAGCACAGAGGCGGAAACAGCCCAUCCACCCAGGAGCAGCCCCCAACGCUGCCGGCAGCCAGCACCCAGAGCCAUCAGACACAAAGGAACAGAAUGAGCCAGAGGUGGGCAGAUUCAAGGGCCACAGAGGAAAUGGAGGCAAACACCUUCCCCUGGUCAGAGUCUGUGCCUCAGCCCUUCUCCCUGCAUCAGUUUCUCCUUCAGAAGCGUGGGACUACCUCCCAUCUAGUUCCUGGUUCUAAACCCAGGGGAGAUGCUAUCUUUGCUGCAAUAAUCUUAGCCUACAUCUUGGAAUGGAAAUGGCCUUGGUGGAAAUGGUCUUCAACUCCCCUGGUCCAAGCUCAGGCCCUGUGACCCUGGAACAAUCCCCUUCCCUUCCUGGUCCUCCAUGUAGAAGCAAUAGCAUUCCCCUGCCAGCGGCACCAGCCGUUCUGAUGAUUAAAUGGGAUCAGACACUGUUUCCCAAACUCAGUCAUUCAGAUGCCCCCUAUUUUAUUUCUUCUAUGUCUGCAAAUGAUUAUAAUAUUUUUAAAUGUAA